UACAUCAACAGACGCAGCCCCCGAGUGACCACUACAUCGUAUCUGUCAGAAUUCCGCAAGAGCGAAAAGCGAAGAGACAGCCUUCUUCGCAGCGACAAGGGCGAUCUCGGCCGCCACGAUGGGGUAUCUAACUCUGUUGUGGUGACGUGGCAGGUGACGUUUGAGCAGAUCAGGCAGGAGCAACCGCGCGCUGCCAACCUCCUGUCGCUGAUGAGCCAAUUCCAGGCUCAGAAUAUACCCGAGAGCAUGCUGCACAGCUAUGGUGAUGACGAUGUUACGGCCGACGAUCAAAGUGAUCGAGACGACUGGAACGCCGAGAACGUAAGCGAUGAAGAGAGUGAACGAGGAGACUUCGAGAACGACAUGGACACACUGCGAGGCUACUCCCUCGUUACCCUUUCGACUGCGGGGCUUUGUGAGAUGCAUUCUCUGGUCCAGUUCUGCACUCGCUCGUGGAUUUUGGAAUCUGGGGACCCGGCACGAUGGCGUCGACUCUUCAUGAAGCUGGCGGCAGACCAUUUCCCAUCCGGCGCCUUCGAGACGUGGGGUUCAUGUCAAAGCCUUCUUCCUCAUGUUGAAUCCGUACUGAGCGGAAAGCCAAGGGGGCAGAGUGACGUCCUAGACUGGACUGAAUUACUGACAAAUGUGUCUCAGUACAUGCUCAUGAUUGGCGAAUAUUCACGAGCAGAGGUAUUGGGGGAAGAGGCCGCUCAGACAAGGAAGAAUAUCCUGGGGCCCGACCAUCCCGACACGCUGACCAGCAUGGCCAACCUAGCGUCGACGUACUGCAACCAGGACCGGUGGGAUGAGGCCGAGAAGCUGGAGGUGGAGGUGAUGGAGACUCGCAAGGCGAAGCUCGGGGCCGACCACCCAGACACGCUGAACAGCAUGGGCAACCUAGCGUUCACUUGGCACAGUCAAGGCCGACAAAAAGACGCUCUUGCUCUGAUGCAAGACUGCGUUCAUCUCCGACAGAAGAAGCUGGGUCACACCCAUCCGGACACUCAGUCAUCA